AAAGAGUUCCGGCUGUGGACACUUGCAGUUACAACAUUCACUUGGAGGCUGUGGCAUGCUCGCUGAGCUGCAGUGACACGUUGAUUCACUUGUGUGAAUAAGUGGCAGUUCCAGCAUGCUUUAACAAGCGGAUGUAGGCUGCUAGCAGAGAGGUACAAUAGCAUAGCUCAGUCUGGAUCGAAAAUAAUUUGCUGCUAUAUAAACAAAAUAAGAUCUUAGUAUCAAGAUGGCUGACCUGGAAGUCUACUUGUACUUCUUGUUUCUUAUGCAAAUGAGCUAAAUGUCAAUGGCUUAUUCAGAGGAGGAAGUUCAUUUUGCACGUGUCAAAUUCUCCACAGGGUCAAGAUGGAUAGCACAGAUGAACCUCAGAAAAAAGUCUUCAAAGCACGAAAAACGAUGAGAGCAAGUGAUCGACAACAACUUGAGGCUGUCUAUAAGGCUAAGGAAGACCUGUUGAAGACAGUUGAAGUUAAACUGUUAAAUGGAAAGUACGAGAACGGUGAUUCUGAUUUAAAUUCUCCUUUAAGCAAUACAGACUGUACGGAGGACAAGAGGGAAGUUAAUGGCCUAGUGGAUUCUAAUGAAAUUAGUGAAAUCAAAAGACCUGAAAGUAGGGCAGAAAUUAUAGUCAGUGACCUAGAACCUAAACCUCUUUCUCCAGAGAAUAUUACUCGUGAACAAGAUAUUGAUAUUGCAUUAGUUUGUGAGGCUGAAAACAAAGUGCUUGGUAGCAAUAAAGUUAACUUCCAUGAAGAAAAUAACAUAAAAGAUCAUUUGGACCAAAGAGAGAGUGACACUUCAUCAGAAGGUGACAAUAAAUCAAACUGUGAUAAUAGCUCCUCAUCUGAAGAGAAAGGGAAAACAAAUGACUUAACUAUUAUUUCUAGUUCGCCUGUUGAAGACAGGAAGAAGGCUGGAGAAGUAAUUGUUGAAGAUUCUGUUGGGGAAGAGGCUAUCUCUAGCAGUAUGGAAACUGAUCAGGAACCAAAAAAUCAAGGAGAUGGCACUGCAGGUCUUUCAGAAACCGUAGCUGAGAAGGCAGUAGAUGAGUCAAGUGAAAGUAUCCUGGAGAAUACUGACUCUAUGGAAGCAGAUGAAAUUAUUCCAAUUUUGGAAAAACUAGCUCCUGCUGAAGAGGAGAUGAGCUGUUUUUCUAAAAGUUCUUUGCUUCCAGUGGAUGACACAGCCCCAGAUUUAGAAGAGAAGAUGGACAACUGUUUGGGUUCACCACUGAAGCAGGAAAGCAAUGAAAGUCUGCCAAAAGAGGCUUUCUUAGUGCUGUCUGAUGAAGAGGAUCCUUGCGAUGAGAGGGAGCAUGCUGAAGGGGUGCUACCAAACAAGUCAGGUCUUCCAGAAGAGGUGGGAAAAAGUGAGGAAAAGGACAAAGAAAGAGAAGUGGUCCACAAAGAAGAAGAAAAACUCACAGACAGAGGUGAAGUAUCAAGAAGAAAGCGUUCAAAAUCUGAGGACAUGGACAGUGUGCAUUCUAAACGGCGUCGAUAUGUUGGAGAGGAAGAUUAUGAAGCAGAAUUCCAAGUGAAAAUUACAGCCAGAAGAGAUGUUGACCAAAAGUUAGAAAAGGUUAUCCAGAGAGUGUUAGAAGAAAAACUUGCUGCUUUACAGUGUGCUGUAUUUGACAAGACUCUGGCAGACUUGAAAAUGCGAAUAGAGAAAGUAGAAUGUAACAAGAGGCAUAAAACCGUGCUUACUGAACUACAGGCUAAAAUCUCUCGAUUGACAAAACGGUUUGGAGCUGCCAAGGAGGAUAUGAAGAAAAAACAGGAAAAUACACCAAACCCAUCUCUGUCCUCAGGAAAAGCAGCAAGUAGCACUGCGAAUGCAAACAAUCUGACAUACCGAAAUAUUACCACGGUGAGGCAGAUGCUGGAAUCAAAGAGGAAUGUAGGAGAUAGUAAACCAGCAACUCUUCAAGCCCCUGUGAAUGGAGCACCAGCUUCAAGUCUUGCUGCUCCUCAGACACCUGCCAGUGGACAUCCUAAGCCUCAGACUCCAGUGACCUCUAGCCCUUUGACAACAGCAGUUAUUUCGACGGCUAACACAGCUACAGUUGUAGGCACAAGCCAAGUGCCCAGUGGCAGCACUCAGCCAAUGUCUGUUUCAUUGCAGUCUUUGCCUGUAAUCUUGCACGUGCCUGUUGCAGUAUCAUCCCAGCCUCAGCUCCUUCAAGGCCACGCAGGAACUUUGGUCACUAACCAGCAGUCAGGCAGCGUUGAAUUUAUAUCUGUACAGAGCUCAUCUACAGUUGGUAGCCUUACCAAAAAUGCAGUAUCUUUGGCAUCUACUAACACAACUAAACCAAAUAACAGCCUGUCUGUGUCCAGUCCUAGUGUUCAGAGAAACUCUCCAGCCAGUGCUGGGUCUGUACGGACAACAUUAGCUGUACAAGCAGUUUCAACUACACAUCCUGUUGCACAAACCACAAGGACUUCUUUGCCCACAGUGGGUACUUCAGGACUUCAUAAUUCUACCAGCAACCGAGGUCCCAUACAUAUGAAGAUUCCCCUCUCCGCAUUUAAUAGUACCGCUCCUGCCGAACCAUCUACCGUUACAGCGCCCAGAGUUGAAAACCAGACAAGCAGGCCACCAGCAGAUUCUUCAGCGAACAAGAGAACAGCUGAGGGAACAACACAGAGCGGGAAGGUCACAGGAAGCGAUUCAGGAAGUGUCAUUGACCUUACACUGGAUGAUGAGGAUGAUGUCUCUUCUCAAGCAGAGGCCAAGAAGCAGAAUCAGACACCUCCUACAGCACAGAGCAUCCCUGCCCAGCCUUUGUCUCGCCCCCUACCACCUUUGCAGCCAAACCCUCUGCAGCAAACAGGCGUGCCAACAAGUGGGCCUUCCCAGACCACUAUACAUGUAUUACCUACAGCUCCGACAACAGUGAAUGUAACUCAUCGACCAGUGACUCAAACAGCUGCAAAACUUCCUAUACCACGAACCCCAACUAACCAUCAGGUGGUCUAUACCACUAUUCCCGCACCACCAGCUCAGAAUUCUGUAAGAGGAGCUGUCAUGCCAAGUCCAAGUUUAAGGCCAGUCAACCCACAGGCUGGAGGCAUGACAGUACGAAUGCCUCAAACAACUGCAUAUGUUGUGAACAAUGGACUAACUCUCGGAUCUGGAGCACCUCAGCUUACAGUGCAUCAUCGACCACCACAAGUGCAUGCAGAGCCACCACGCCCUGUACAUCCUGCCCCGCUCCCAGAGGCACCACAGCCACCACGCCUGCCCCCUGAAGCUGCCAACACUUCUCUGCCUCAAAAACCACAGCUGAAGCUGGCACGGGUACAGAGCCAGAACGGUAUUGUGCUGUCUUGGAGUGUCAUAGAAGUGGACCGGAGUUGUGCCAGUGUGGACAGUUACCAUCUCUACGCAUACCACGAGGACCCGAGUGCUACUAUGCCUUCCCAGUGGAAGAAGAUAGGGGAGGUGAAGGCCCUUCCACUACCUAUGGCAUGCACUCUUACUCAGUUUGUGUCUGGCAGCAAAUACUACUUCGCAGUCCGAGCUAAGGACAUUUAUGGCCGCUUCGGACCAUUCUGUGACCCCCAAUCUACAGAUGUGAUCUCCUCCCAGAGCAGUUAAACUGGAGUUCUUUGGAGCCUUUAAACCCAUCCUACUUCAAAGGGUUACCCUGGUUUUGAGCGGGUUGAUCCCAUGCAUGAAGUUCACUUUUAAAUCCACUCUCUGCAGGAUUAAUUUAGACAGCUGUGCGAUACACUACAUACAUUCAGAACCAAAAGAAAAAUAAAGUCUCACUUCCAGCAAGAGAACCUGUUUUUCUGGAUAGGUCAAGUCAUGGGCCAUUCAAAAAUUUCAUUUUCCUUCUCAUGGCAGCUGUUCCACCUAGACAUCUACCUACUCUUUAUUCAAGGGCACGUUGGAUGCCUGGGAUUCUGCUUCAGAGUGGGAGCAAAAAUAUAAAUUGCAGUUUUUUUCUGAAGCUGAACUACAUCUGUAGUGCCUAUUAGGGCACUAACAUGAAGGGAAGAACAGAUUUGCCUCUUGUACCUAGCUGUCUCUGAGCAGGCUGUGAUACGAAACGUGAAUCAAGGUCUUGUGUGCUGGAAGAUUGAGUGAUCUGUUCUUAAAUUACCAACAGUAAUCAGCUGUCUGAGGAGAGGGAAGGGAACUUUAAUCUGGCCAAGGAACCAAUGCCUGUGAAUUUGGAGGUGGUGUAGUGGGGAAAAGAAAUAAAUCACCCCACUACUUCCUACCUCUCCUAAAUAAGAGCUCUUCUCUAAUGUCACCGUCCACCUCCAUUCACACUUGGAGCAUUCCUAGGACAGACCUGAAACUGGAUUAUAGAAAUCACAUUCACCCCUCUCUAGCUCAAAUAAUUUUUCUGCCUUUCCCCUUAUACAUCCAGUCCUGAUUUUUAGAUUUAUUUUGUGCCUUAAACAGUAAUUUCAGAAAUAAAUGUAGCCAGAUACCUUGUGGUGUUCAUUUGCUUGGAGUUACUUCUCCUUUUCCCCCCCUAGCCUUUCAUUACUGCUUCUCAUUUUCCUGGCCCACAGUGAUUUUUUUUCAACAAAGACCAGGAAGUGACAUCUACUGAUGCUGGACUCAUUUUUAUCUGUACUUUCAAUUAACCCUUCCCUCACUGCAAUUAAUGAGUCGUUGUUUCUGUUCUGUGAAGAAUAUUAGAGUGUACAGACGGUAUUUUCCACCAGAGCCUUUCCCUCCUGUUCCUUUGGGAAAGCUGUAUGCUGCAUUUCAGCCAAAGAAACCUAUGUGGUGUAGCACCAUGAAAGCUUCUACUUGUUUACACUCAGUUUAGAUGUUCAGGUGGUAGAAAAAUGCACAAAGUUGGCUUCUUAGUCCUCUAUCCCAGUCACCUGCCUGCCUCUGCAGAAAACUAACAUGCCCAGAGUAGUUUACACACUGGCCCAAAAUUUGUGAGCAGCUGCAAAUGUUCCUAGAAGCUUUCAUGAUGCUUCUGAGCUGGGAAAUCAAAACAGUGCAUCUGCCCCACUAUCCUGUUGACAUGUUCUUAAACUUUUUUUAUGCAUAGCCAAUUUCUAACACCUGAACAAGAAAGGAUAUGUAAGAUUUUUAUUUUGGCAUUUUUAAAAACAAGGACAGUGUUUUGUUUCUGUCCAGCAGAACCAAAUACUGGAUUUAGAAGGGAAAAUGUUUGGGCUUUUUUUAGAUUUACUUCCCCAUCUGACAAAGCUGUAGACUUUACAUAUUUCUUAAUUCCAAUACUGGCUGUCUUGAAAAAUUGAAAUACUAAGCAAGGUUGAAAAAGUCACAGAAUACAGCUAGUGAAAUAAUCUGUGUGAUAAUAGAUUCUUAAGUUGCAUUCCCUUCAAGAAAAUUAUGUGAAAGAAACUCAGUUGUAGACUUUUGUCCAUACUACUUUACUGCACUCCUUCAUGCAGCUGGGAUUGUUGCUUCCGUCAGGUGAGUAACAAAUACUGUCAGUAUGGGAGUUGUAUUGAUUUGGGUAAGCAGAAAUUCUAUCUAAAUCCGUGUAUCAUGAGAGAAGGGUUGCACUGAAUCUCAUGUAUGAAAAGUGUUUAACUUUUCCUUUGAAUAACAGUUGUCCCCAUAUUGCUGGUGCCAAUGAUCAGUAAUGCCUUGAUUUUUUCUAUGUGGAAUUAAAUGUUUUCUCUGCCUAUUUCAAGGAAUAAUUAAUAGUUCAUUUACACUACUUAUGAAAAGUUGAGUUAUUAUAAAGGAAGUUCUGUAGUAGAGGUUUAGAGCAAUUUCUUCCAGUUGGUGGCUGUUGAAGCAUCAGUUUAAUGUCUUUGAGUUGGUACUAAAGGGCUGUUGGCCAUAUCAGUACAGUGGGGUUUUUAUAAUUUGAAAGUUAAAAUAAAUGUUAGAAUCCAGUCUGGAAUUUAUGCUGCUUACUGAAUUUUGAUUCCAGCCUCAGCUAUACAUGAGCUCUUCUAUAGUUUGUGCUUGCUCUUAGAUCACAGUUGUUACUAGCUUUGUCUUGCUUGGGAUAGGCGGGUGGUGAGAAUCCUGUGUCACAAUUUGUUUUCCUUUCUCCGGUGGAUGUAAUAGUUGGGAUGGCCUGAUACUGUGUGGAGGUUUUGUGGACUGCAUCUUUAGAGAAAAGACUCAUCUUUAUUUACUAAAGAAAGAUGUUCUCAACAGAGUUGACACUGGCUUCUUGCUUAAUAGUAUCUUCUGUUACAUAUGGCAGAGCGCAGCUCAUUUUUUUUAAUAGAUAAGCAAGUUAGCUACUGUUUGCUAAGUGAGGCCGUUGCAGUUGUGGAGUGAAAGCAGACAUCUCUCAUUGCAGCAGAGAUGUUAAGAUCCAAUUUCAGGAUCUUAAGCAAGUGCUGGUGGCUAAGUACAUGAUAAAGCAUAGCUUGAUUUUUCAGAUGCCUUGCUCAGCUUGGAGACGUUGCAGGUAGUGGUUCUUAACACUGAUGUGCAGAGAACUUUUGCCACUUCUGUAAAACUGUUUCACUGUGGAACAGAUAUCUGCAGUGAGUACUUACCCCUUAUGCUAAUGAAUGGGAGUAUUGCUUAACUCAAAUGGCACUUUUCCCAAUGUUUUUGAGUGACUGUUUUUUAUUUAUCAUUUAAUCUCCCAGAAACAAUAAAAAUAUUGAGAAACUGAAUUUCCUCCACUAACACGUUCAGAAAUAACUGGUUUCAUUUAGUAAAAUUUAUUUGGAAGUGUUACCAAAAUAUCUGGGAACAUUCAGCACAGGUCUGUUAAUACUGUGCUUUAGACUGGAGUCAUCAUAGAAGUGUUGGUUACCGAGGAUUCUAGUAUUUCAUUUUUAAAUAUGCUACAAGUCUCUACACAGCUUUCAGUUGGUAGACUAGACUAGAACAGUUCAGUUGGAAGGGAUCUGCAGAGAUCAUGAAGUCCAAAUGGCUGACCACUUCAGGGCCACAACCGAGUUAAAGCAUGUUAUUAGGGACAUUAUCUACAUGCCUCCCUGUUCCUAAAGCAAGUUUUUCCAUAUGUAUUUUCAGUACCCUAGUAUAAAUUGUACCUGGCUAAUGAGUUGUGCUGGUACCACUGGGUGCAUGACAUAUUAGCUGCACCACCUCAGAUCUAGUUCUUCAUGUUUUGGCAAACACCGCACUGAUUCUACUACAGUUUUUAUUUUCAUCAUGUUUCUGGUUUGGUUUAGGUUUGAUUUGUGCCCACAGGCAAGAAGUAACUUAAGUUAGUUCUGUUUCUGGUUGGAAGGAAGCCCUCCUGUGGAGUGCUGGUGGCAAAAUGCCAUUCUUUUCCACCGAGUUCCUCCUAGUUACAGCUUCACUGACCUCCUUUAUUUCAGUACAAGUCUUAAAAAGCUUUACUGGAUUCAAAUAGCUAAACCUUUGGAAGGGUGUAGACUGUAGAUGUAGCAUGUGUACUGCAGCUGCAGUAACAACUCAAGAAGAUGUAAGGGUGCGGAAGCAGGUUCCUUUCAGCCUGUGUUUACUUCUGUGCUCUUUACUUCUCAGCUCUGCUUCUUUCAGUGUGCUUGCUACCCUUUAACAUGUUAGAUCACUGAGCACUAGCAGUGACGCACUCACACACCCAACAUUUUUAGCACAAGGCUGGAAAUGCCCAUGGUGUCUUCCCUGUAAAAAUAAGGGUCUUAUCCUGCUUCCUUUGAAAAUAAUGGCAAAACCCCCUCGUGCCUUCAGUGGGAGCUUGAUUGGGGCCCAAUAGUAGGAUCUGAGCACUGUUUUACACUAUAACAAAAUAUCCAUACACUUCUUUCUUUAUGCUGUUUGUCUUAAGAGUCCACUAAAUCAGAAUCUGUAUUAUAUGUAGGGACCAGGUCAGAUGUGUUCUUGCUCCCCAAACAGCCAUUCCCCGGUUCUAGACUAUUGUAUACACUGUACAAAAUCAAGCUGUGAUUCUGCCUUCUUAUAAACUUCAGUAUUUUCAUUUGGUCAAAAAUAUCUAUCCAGAUUUUUUAAAAUAGAAGCUUGAUAUAUUAAAUAUAUAUUUUUUUAAUUUGUUAGUUGGGGCAGGGGCGAGCAUUGUAUGAAAACACUGGAGAGUGGAGUUCAAAUGACAAUGACUGUGCCGCCCUGCCACCACAUCUGUGUUCCCUUCUGAAUAACUUCUGAGGGGCUAAGAAAUUGCUAAGAAAAAGCAAAUGAAUUGAUCUUUUCCUCCUUUCUGCCCACCUGUUAGAAUGCAUCUUUAUUUCUCAUUGUCAUUGCACAGGCUAAGCAUUCCUUUUUGUUUUGUUUUGUUCUAAUAUAUAUUAUAUGCACACACACAUAUAUUUAUAUAUAUUUGAAGUGCUGUCUUAAUUUAAUGGAGUAUAUCUGUAAAUAAGACAACUGGGUAGUAACUGUUUGGGGAGUCCUGUUCAGCUGUAGUAAGUUCUUUGCUGUUGAGUCAAACAUGCAAAAUCCUUUGCAAGUAGCUCCAUCCGACUUCUUGUUUUGCUUUGCAGCUGGACUUGUAAAUACAAAAGGACUGCUUUUAUGUCCAAUUUAAACUGGGCAGUUGCAAAUUCUCCCCAUUUUUGUAUGUACUGUAGAUUAGUGUGUGUGUACGUGUUAACUGUAGUGGGGUUUUGUCUGACAAGCCUGAAAUUUAUACUUUGAAAUAAACUACUGGGUUUUUAA